AUGAAACCCGGAAAUGGUGCUAAAACGAGGAUAGCAACAGAUAAUGAGGUUUUGAGGUUAUCCCAGGAGGUUCAAUUUUUCCUUUUCGUAAGUAUUUUCUACCCAGCCGCUUUUCUACGUGAUCGCCCUCGUGGCCUUGGACUACUACAACUUCCCACUGGUAUGACUGAUGAACGUUCGGCUCCAUUUUUUCCAAAUUUAUAUAUGGCUGGAGACAAGGCCGGUGAAAAACCAGUGUCAGUGCCAGAUGUGCAUCUUCCUGGUCAGAUGGCAGUUUUUACUGGACGGUAG